UGUAUAAUUAGAGAAGUCCCCACCCACCGUCUUCAAAUUAAGGCGAUAUUAUUUUGGUUAUCUAGAGUUUGGAGCCACUCUGAUUUUAGUUAAAGUUAAGGUUUGACAGAAAUUGAUUUUCAGAGAUUAAUUAUACACCAGUUUUAAGCUAUAACUAUAAGGUCUGUUUUCGAAGGAUUGGGUUGAAAAGAGUUGAUUGAUGAAUUGUGUGGGAGAAGAAAUGAGAGCGUGAAAUGUAGGGAUACAUAUGUAUAGGAGGGCACAAUUGCAUAGUUUGAAAAGUUGAAGAAAAUGGGGAGGGCUCAACGGCGGCAUAUAUUCAUAGCUCUAGGGUUCCUUUUGCUUUUGGGAAUCGCCAUUCACUUCCGCCUUUGGGCUAUCCAUCGGAGAAUCUCUUCCAACGAUUCCCAGCUUUUGAGGCGACAAUUUGAUCUUGCUAACAGAGAAGCCAUGGAUGAAUCUGCAGAAUGGAGAAGAAGGUUUGAUUUGGAGUUUGACAAGGCUGCCAAGUGCUCUACGGAGCUCGACCAAAUUAAGAAGGCAACUGGAGAAAAAACAAAGGUCCUCAACAAGAAAAUGGAAAUGUUGCAAAAGGAAAAUGUGGAUUUGCUCGAGCGAGUAGAGUCAUUGAAGCAAGAGCUUGAAUCGGAGAAACUAAAAUGCAGCCUGCGUAACAUGUGAUGUCCGAUUUUGCUUGGCGUUUUCAAACAUUUUGGAUCCUCCAAUUGCUCAUUAUUUUGUGUUGCCAAUGCCAAUUUAUAUUUGCAUUUAAACAUAUUUAUGAACAUAUUUAUGAAUACAAUAUGUUUGCCCAGCGGUAUAAA